UGAGCCGGUAGGAGGAGAGCUAGUCUUCCGCCUUCUCUAGCCCACUUCUCCCCACUGUACAGCACCAGCUGCACCGCGCGCGCCGCUUUCUGUGAAUGGUCGCGCGCUCGUCCCCCGCCGCGGCUUUUCUUCGUCCGGGACAAACCGCCGCAGUUGUGCGUGAGCCUCGCUCUCCCCCCUCAUUCGGCUUUCGACCAAGCGGCCCGACUCCCAUCACACAGCGCCAUGUCGGAAUAGACGACGGCCUCAUCCAUGCAUUGGAGUCUUGGGCCCCAGCGCACCGGCUCCGGCUCCAGCCAUGUCGGCCAGGAAUGUGUCGGCUGCUGGCGGUGACACAGCGGCAGAGGGACCGGCAGAAGAUGUGCUGGUUGAGGAAAACCAAAGCAGUUCUGUCUCUCUGGCCAGCCUGAUGACCCCAUCCUCAUCUGGUGGCAUGUCCCUGAACAUGGAGAUGCCCCGAAAGCGCAAGGGCAGCAUAGAGAACCAGGAUUCAAAAUCCGCCUCUAUUCUUGACGCUGAUAUGGAAGACGACCAGAUCAGGUCAGAUGAAGAGGACCAACACGUUAAAAUUAAAUGUUUCAGGGAACCACACAGCCAAAUUGAGAAGAGGAGAAGGGAUAAAAUGAACAACCUCAUUGAUAAGCUAUCAGCGAUGAUCCCCACCUGUAACCCUAUGUCCCGUAAGCUGGAUAAACUUACUGUGCUCCGAAUGGCUGUGCAGCACCUCAAAUCUCUAAAAGGUUCAGCAAGUUCUUUCUCCGAAGCCAACUAUAAGCCAUCGUUCCUUCCUGAUGAGGAGCUCAAGCACCUUGUCCUCAAGGCCGCUGAUGGGUUCCUGUUUGUAGUUGGUUGUGAUCGUGGGAAAAUAGUUUUCGUCUCAGAGUCCGUGACGAAGAUAUUAAAUUACAGCCGGGCGGAGCUGAUUGGGCAGAGCCUCUUUGAUUAUGUACACCCUAAGGACAUGGGAAAAGUGAAGGAACAGCUGUCAGCUUCUGAAUUAUACCCUCGUGAACGGCUAAUAGAUGCUAAAACUGGCCUACAAGUCCAGGCCGACCUCCCAGUUGGUGCAGCCCGUCUGUGUUCAGGUGCGCGGCGCUCGUUCUUCUGCCGCAUGAAGUACAACAAAGUUUCUGUAAAAGUGGAGGAAAAGGAAUUCCAUGCGGGCACCUCCAAAAAAAAGGAGUCGCAGAAGUACUGCACAGUCCACUGCACUGGCUACAUGCGCAGCUGGCCCACAAGUCAGCUGGGAGCAGAGGGGGAAGGGGAGGCGGACAAGCAGGACAGCUCCCACUUCAGCUGCCUGGUGGCCGUGGGACGUGUCCACUCCCACCUGUCGCCUCAGGUUAACGGAGAAGUCCGAGUUAAACCCACAGAGUUCAUCACGCGCUACGCCAUGGACGGCAAAUUCACUUUUGUCGAUCAAAGAGCCACUACUAUUCUUGGGUAUCUUCCCCAAGAGCUACUUGGGACAUCGUGCUAUGAGUACUUCCAUCAGGAUGAUUUGCCACAUUUAGCUGAUAGGCAUCGAAAAGUGCUGCGGAGCAAAGAGAAAAUAGAGACAAACUGCUAUAAGUUCAAAACAAAAUACGGCUCUUUUGUAACCCUGCAAAGCCAGUGGUUUAGUUUUGUAAAUCCCUGGACCAAAGAAGUAGAGUACAUUGUGUCAACCAACACAGUCAUAUCGUAUGAUCACAGCAGAGCAAGUCGGUCUGGAAACAAGUCUGAACAGUUGAGCAAUUUCAAGACUUCUGAAGAUCCCAAAAAGUCCCUUCCAAUCAUACCAGGCAUCUCCACCUCACCUGGAACCAUGAUUUACGCACCAAGCAUAGGGACCCAGAUCGCCAAUGAGCUGCUGGACUUCAACAGGAUGAACUCAUCACCUUCCAGUGGUAACGGCAGCCCAUUUAGUUUUCCGCAGGAGAAGUCCCCACUAACUCUCAAUCCAAUCAGCAACAAUGUGCCAAAUGGAGAUGCUACAGACAUAGAGAUGCCAGGAAAGUCCAGCUCUGAGGAGGAGCCACAGGGAGCUGCAUUCUCAGCAGGGGACGUACUCAUGGGGGAGAAUUCCCAGCUGGAUUUGGACAGCGUGGUUGGACCAGGCCUUAAUAGUCUUAGCAAUGAUGAAGCAGCCAUGGCAGUGAUCAUGAGCCUCCUGGAGACGGACACAAACUUGGGCGAGGCUGUGGACUUCGAAGAGAUGCACUGGUCUUUAUAGAAUCUGCUGUUACAGUGUGAUGUAGUGGCACACUGAAAACCAAUUGGACCUUUUUUUUAUUAUUUUGAUGACAGGAACGGCUUGAAUAGUUACUUCAAGAUGCAGAAUUGUUUCCUUAAUUUAUUAGUUACCUUUUUUUUUCUCCCCCCACAUAAGCUGUGUAGUCUUCAGGUGGGAGGGAGCAGCCUCAGGCGACAGUAAGGGACAUCUGAUUUCCUUCUUCAGGAAGAGGAUGUGCCUCUAAAGCCUUACAGAGCUCUGCCGGCCCUGAAACGCUUCUCCUCAUUGCUUUCCUUACAUCUACCAUCAUCCUCUGUUUUCUGAAGAGGCCCCACCACAUUGAAGAACUGGUGAACACAAAUGACGAACUCCUGUUUAUCUUUCCACUAUGUUUAAAUGAUGGCUGGGCGUAGCGAUGCAAAAAAUGAGCACUUAAUAGAUUUUAUGGUUUUACACGGUUCUGAUAUGAUUAGGUACUGUAUGACAAACUACAAAGUCAUCUUGACAACGUGUCCCAAUCUUUGUGACCCCCCCUGCCCCUCAGGAUUCAAACCGUAGGUAACCAGUGUACCAUGGAGGACCACACUUCCACAACCUCUAAACUUUGAGAGUCACCCUAUGAUGUGCUACUCAGAGAUUUUCUCUUGUCAGUAUCUGAACAUUAUUCAUGGAAAUAGUCCAGUAACUUCUCUUGUACACAGACUUGAACAUAUUGUAUAUGUGUACAUUUGCUAUGAUUGCGAACACUGUGUCUUCAGGCCAUAUCUGUCCUAAAGGGAUAGUUUGCAUAGGAAAUAUAUUUUAAACUUUUAGUAUGUACAUUUCUAUACACUGCCCUGAACUUUGUCUCCUAUAGCUCAAAACAUUUAACAUUUCUUCUUCAUAAAUGUUUUGGAGAGUAGCUAAGUUUUGUGGUGUUUGUGGUUUUUUUUUUUUUUUUAGUUUAUUUUAUUUUUUUGCAAACUCCUGUCAUGCAAAGCAAAACAGCAUUUUAGACGUAGGUUGAGUCCGAUGGUAGAUACGAAAACUCAGGAAGUAAUGGAAACAAAGAUGCCCUGUAAAACCUGUCCUAGCGUUUUUUCCUCCUGUUAAAGAUUUACAUGCUGUCCUGCAUAGUGCAGAUUGCUGUGGUUUAAUGACUUUUUCUUAUUCAUCCACCGUAUGUGUCUGUGUUCUCCACACGUUGUCUGCUACGUAAUCCUGCAGGUAAGCCAUAGCUUUAGCUCCUCCCAGUACUGUUAUGCACUGACAUUUGUUUCGUUUGGUGGUCAGAGGUGCAUUAAGGGAUUGUGCUAUGCAGAACUAUCAUUCCAUGAAGUCUGAACGAUGUGUUUUGUCGAUGUUGCUCCAGAUGGAGUGCUGGCAUGUGGUGUAUGUGGUGAAAACAAUAUUGAAUCACUGGGUUGUAUGGAUCCUGUUUCCAUUUGCCCCAUUGAGUUUUGAAUUGUCCCUGUUUUGCACAUCCUAGAUUUUGCAAUACUGAUAGCUAUCAUAUAAUGACCUAUAUAUUAGUGGUAACAGACUUGUACAUUUAAAUAUGGUUUUGUUAGCAAAUUAUGUAAAAUGACACAAAAUACCUUGGCAGAUUAAGCCUUGUUGAUGGCAAAAAUAUGUUUUAAUCUUUGCUAUGUUCAGUUUAAUAAAGGUAUUCUAUUAACAGUCA